AUGGACACGGAGAGAAAACAGACAGACCAAGAAGGUCAAAGAAUCGAGGAAGCCGACAUGGAGAAUGUCGGAGAUGGCACAGAUGUGGCAAAAGGCGAUCUGGAGAAAGGUCGCUCUCACAACAAGGAUGUCUCUGGUAGUGGAGAAGCUUCUUGGGACGACGCAUUUCUUGUUACCUUCGGCCAGAAUGAUGCCCAGAACCCCUUUAAUUGGACCAAAAAGCGAAAAUGGGGAGUCACCGCGGCCGUCUCUGGCACGGGAUUUGUCCGCAUCAUGGUGUCAACGAUGAUGGCGCCGGCAAUUAAUACUAUGGCAGAAGAGUUGCAUAUGUCCAUUACCGAGUCCAACAUGGCAUUAUCUGUCUACCUUUUAGCGACAGCGUUUGGACCACUCAUUAUCGGCCCCUUAUCCGAAAUUUAUGGAAGAAAGACGAUUUUCCACAUCACAAAUAUUUGGUUCCUGGUCUGGAAUUUUGUCUGCGGUUUUACCCACUCUAAGGGUCUACUCAUAUCCGCUCGUCUUCUCGCUGGAUUUGGUGCUAGUGCGGUGUACAGUCUGGGAUACGGCGUGCUGGGAGAUGUGUGGUCAGCGGAGCAGAGAGGACAGUCGCUCAGUCUAUAUUUACUUAUUCCCUUGACAGGGUCGGCUGUCGGACCGAUCGUCAGUGGUUUUAUUAUUAAAUAUUCUACUUGGAGAUGGAUGUUCUGGUCGACAGCUAUUCUCCAACUUACCCUCGAACUAUCCUUUUCGCUUUUAUUCCACGAGAGUUAUGCACCACUUCUCCUCCGUCGCCGAGCCGAGAAAUUGCGCAGGGAUACAGGCGAUUCGCGCUACCACGCGGCGAUCGAGAUGCGCGAAGUAGGCCUUUCACCCCUUGGCAAGCUGGGUCGUAGCUUAUCUCGCCCCUUGCGUUUGCUGGCAUUCCAUCCAAUUAUUCAAAUGCAGGCUAUUCUCGAGGGCAUUGAUUACGGCCUACUAUAUUUCGCCCUGAGUUCUUUUUCCGCUCUCCACGUUGCAGCGUACAGUGAAUCGGUCGAAAUAUCCGGACUCCAUUAUAUAGCUAUCUGCAUUGGCACUAUCUCCGGUUCUCAGCUCUGCGGUCCGCUUAUGGAUUAUACCUAUCACCGACUGACCAGCAAUACUGGCGAAACCCAAGUACCUGAGCUUCGCAUACCACUUCUACUCCCCGGAGCUCUGUUCACACCGAUCGGCUUUCUUCUCUAUGGCUGGGCCGCGCAAUAUCACAUUUUUUGGGUUGUCGUCGACGUCGGCGCAGCCUUAUUGUCCCUCGGUAUGCAAAUAUUCGACACGACACUGCACGCAUAUGUUAUUGUCGGUUGA